GCUCAUCAAGACUACUACGGUGGUUCAGCUGUCUGACUCUGAGUGUCUAUUCCUCAAGUACCACGCUGUGUUGCUGCUUUCAAUUUCCAGUUCUUGCGCCCAGGUGAAUGCAGAGCGGCCCCGUAAAAGCUGCUGAAACAGUUGCCGAUAUAUGCGUUUUAGGAUCGUCUAACUCCUUGCCUCAUGGUGCUACCUCGAAAACCCUUGACGACCUAUUCUCGGCGUUCUCGUGCACGAACUACCAACACGGUCAAUACUCAGACAUCCUCUCCUCUGCAACCGUUACCUGCAGACAAGGAAGAUGUAACGGUCACGGAGAUGACGCGCAGAAUGCAGAAGCGUUCUCGUCAGGCUGCGUAUCCGAGUCCUGCUGCUGCUGACGAUCCACAAAUUGGCGGCGAACUCCAAAAGGCCAAGAAAGCGAAGAGUAAUGAUGCUCAAGUUUCCGAUGACGGUGAACCUAGUCGUGCUUUUCUUGCCCUCUCUUCCGCUCUUGGUGAACGUGUCGUUGGUCAAAUACCCUCUCAGCCGACUCAGAUGUCUGAGAUGUUUUGCACUCCGCAUCCUUCCUUCCGCUCCGAAAAUGCUAUGAUGCCGUCUGUGUCCUCUGGAAAAGAACAGUUCUCUCCGCUUCCUGCUGCUCGCCACAUGCUCUCCCGUACCAGCUCCCGACGUCUGAAAGAGAAUCGUACUCGCGCCCUCGGAACUCCAUUCAGCAGUCAACCUGGGUCUCGUGCUGCAUCCCCCGCCAAGAUAAAGAAUCAAGGCAAAGUUCAAAGACCAUAUAACCAUGCGAAGUCCCGCACCCUCUCUGCUACUCUUGAUCCGGCGACAUUAGCUCAUGCAAUACAAGACCCGCUGGCUACUGGCGCGGACAACAAUGCUAGCAUUUGUUCAGCCACCAUUCGAGCGCAGUUCGAUGCGACCCAGGAUAAGCAACAGAGGUCGACUCACAGUCUACACUACCGCACUGGGUCGAUCCCAAUCGUCCCCUCUAUCCAGACAACAGACGACUGGCUGGCACAUCCAACGGUACUCUCCAAAAACGCUGGACUCGAGCCAUCUCCUGAACUCCAAUCGUUCUUCCUUGGUGUUCCCAACGACGCCUCCACUCCUCCACGGAAGCGUCGCGCGACCACAGGCGGCGUGCGCUUAGAGACUCAAGACUUCGAUAUCACGUUGUCUGACAUGUCAUUGGACUCUGUUACCCACUCCAACGCAUAUACUCAGUCUGCCACGCGUCCCAGCUCACCGGAGUCCAGCGAUCUUCCUCGGCGACCCCCUGUACGUAUGCGGCGCCGCACCAUCAAUAACCCAUCCGGUGAUAACCUGUUCUCCUCUGUGCUGAACUUCUCUGGGUCUGCCGAAGAGCAACGCGCAUCCUACGCUUUAGACGUUCAUGGCGUGGAGUCUCGCCAACGAACCUCUCCGAAAUCAACUCACGAAGAUCAUGCAUCCCUUGCUACUACUUUCUCUUCCCUGAACGUGGGAUUGGCCUCUGCCUUUACGCAUGCGACCGAUCCUGGGCAACCUACAUCUGGACAUGCGCUUCACCGGUCUGCCUCUCUGCCAACCCUGCACGCCUCGCCUGUGUCUGCUAAACCUGGAGACGUGGUCGGUCAAACGUCUAGUGACUCGCCCGUGGACCUCGGUGGCUUCGAUUCACCCGAUACUCAUCUCAGGGAACUUUUUAUGACACUUGAGCUGGGAGACUACGACGAUGGGCCCUCCGUGCCAGCGAAUCAUGCGAAGAUCCCUGAAGUUAUCAUCAACUCGGGAUACACUUCCCCGUCGUCUGUUCUUCUACCACCUCCGAAAGCGUCGAGGAGCAGACAACAAACUCACAGACGCCAGCGCGCAGACACCAUCCGUGCAUCAGACUUCCAAAUGCCAAUGGCUGCGCACCACGGAGCGAACGAAAUUCCCGGACAGGGUACCACCGCUCAGGGUGGUGCCGCAGUGACGGAUAGCGCCUCCAGCACUCGGAGGACACGCUCUGGGACAGUCACCCUCGCGAGCGUCGCCGCUUCGAAGGCUGCCUCUCGACGAGCGACCGAGCGCUCCAGUGGUGGUUAUGGCCAGGGGCAUGCGUCCCCUCUGCGAGGGCACAGGCGGAGCAACGCUGGACUGCCCACGAUCCAAAUGAGAAUCAAUGACGAACCUCUCAAACUCGCUCCCGGUGACGAUGAAGAUGACGAGCUGCUCCUGAAGCGGGGCAGUUCGAUUGAUUGACUGUCGAAGAGAGGUCCUCCCUUAUGCAAUUGUAUUUGUACCGGCCGUUGUUUUUGAUAUCCGUCCUUGUGAUUGCCUUCGGUGUUAGACUGUUAGUGCAUACAUGUGUUGUGCUCCCUCGUUUCUCAGGCCUUCUCUUUUUCCUACCGAAGUCUUUCGCGUUUUACUACUAAGUACGCUACAUCAGACGCUCCGCUCUGAUCCGCUGCAGCGCCCGUAGACACGGACCGAUCCAUACGUGCACGUCUCCGUACGACUCCGC